AGAGGAGGCGGCGGAGCGUCCCAGACAUCAGCAUCUCUGUCUUGUCUCAGAGCCUGCUGAGAGUGGACACAAAGGACACAUGUUAAUGAGCAUGACCAGACUGCACCAGUAGAGGGAUGAUAGGUUACAUGACACAUUUUAAACAGUGUGCAGCUGCAGAUUAGAAGAGAGAGAACUUCACAUAGUCUGUGAUAACCACAGAGAACAGGAUUAGCCGUGCAGCUCUGCCUGCCUCGGCUUUGAUGCUGCAGUUGCACCGUUUUGAAUAAUUCGGAUGCAGUUCCUUUUCAUCUGAGACUCCUCUGUUCAUUUUAUAUAAAUAGAGGGAAACGCUGGGCUCACACACACACUCGCACAAGGAGGGGGAGUAACAAAUAGAGAACGAGGGAGAGAGAGAGGGAGAGUGGGAAUCUGACACAGCAAUCCUUAGCACCCCUCCGCACUUCACCUAUAAAUAGCAGCAGAUUUUCUAUCCUCCAGGAGCCUCCACAGAGGGAUCCAUGAAUGUUAAAUUUUUUCCAUUACACAAACCUGCAACCCUUCUGCAAAGGGGGACAAAUUCAAACAGCAUAUAUGCACAUUAAAGCAAUUUUUGCAUGAGUUAAAAACUAAGCAAAAAGCAAGUGUUGCUUCGAUCAAUGAUCAGCUGAUAAUCAAUGUCUGAUCAGGUGAAAGAAAACAGAGAGCUGUAGUGUUGUUGACAGGGUGACACCCUUUCAUGUUGCUUGAGUCAGAGAAACGUCUGAGAGGGAAUCAGCGCCCAGCCCUGCUCAUCAGUCCAACAAUGUCACUAUGCAACCCACUUUUUUUUUCUUUUUGGCCUGCGCACCUCCUCCGUGAUCAAUACAGUUCACGCACUCUCACAGUAAGCUCGUGCAGUCCAGAAAUGUAAACACACUGCGGUGCCGUAUCAAAUUUCACACAAUUUCACUGCAAGGGAAUGAUAAUUUCUUUCGUGCAUUAUUACCUGCAAUCGCGUCAUACAUCACUUCAAUUCGCUAAAAUUAAAAAAACUACAUCUACCUUCCACAGUUCAUGACGGAUCCUCGUGCCUGUAGACGCAGAGCUGCAGCUCGGGUACAGAUUCCGGAGAGUCUCGUGUGUUGAGCAGGCUGAAGGAGAGGAGAGGAGAGGAGAGGCUUGUUGUUGUGCAGCUCAGCGUCACUGACUCCAAGUCUCCGUCUUCUCUACGUAUGUCCGCCUGCUGCUCUUCAACAGCUGACAUCUAGUGCUUCACACCUGCACCAUCAGAGAGGAGCACCUCAAAUUACAGACAAUUCCUUAAAUUAUCUGAAAUCAAUAUUGAAAAGUAACGGAUUACUUUUAUUCAUGUCACUGUAAUUUGAUGUUUUUAUGUUUUUGUUUUUUUUUGGGGGUAGUUUUAGAAACAGUACUUUUAUCUAAGUGUCACUUUUAUGGGCUCUAUUGUAGUUCUACUUCUCAACAUUUCAGCCAGUAGGGGAGAGUGGGGUAAGAUGAGCCAUUUUUCUUAUUUCAGAUCACUACAUCAAGGCAAUCAUAGUUUUGUCUCUAACUGGUGUAGCUGCAUAUAUUUCAAGAUGUUGUGCAUCCUUGCAAACCAACAGAAUGAGUGUAAACAUAACUUUCUUGAUAAUAUAGCAUGCAAAAAAAAAAAAAGGGGGCUAAGUUGACCAUAGGAGCGGGGUAAGUUGAGCCGUAUCCCUACCACCUCCCCACUCUCCACCUCAGCUUUUCGUCACCUUCUCUCUCCCUAAAUAACAGUCACUUCUUCAAAUUCAUGUGUAUUUUUAUCUAUUAUACACUAUUUUACGGUGGCUGAGAACUGCCACUGCUGCAAAUAAAAAAGAGUGCCAAAAAAAUGACACCACAAAGAAAAUUACUGAUGCAAAGAAAAGGAAAGAAACUAAAGCCCACCACAAAUAAAAAAAAGAAACAGUGCAGAUAUAUAAAAAAAAAAAAAGAAAAACACACAACGGAAGUUAAUGUCACAAAAGAAAAAGUGGUGAUGCAAAAAAAAAAUAAAGUUACUUACUGCAAAAAUAAAAGGAUGCAAAUUUUAAAAAAAAAGCCACAACAGAAGUGAGCUUCCAGGGACCAAUGAUGAUAAUGCACCGAUGUUUUACGGUCUAGGCACAGAAGACGACGGCGAGAAGAUGAGCAACGAAGUUAGUGGAAAGGUUGAUGCUUGAUUUUUGCUUGAUUACGAAUAUUUCACAAUUUCGCGUUCUAUAUUGGCGUCGGUCCCGGUGUGUAAGGACCUUAAAACGUGUAACAACCAAUCCCGGUCUCCCCCAAUUUUUCUGGCUGAAAGGUGAAACAUAUUUACGCUGGUUGAAAAAUGCCGUUAAAACAAAACUUAAAGAUAAUAAUAAAAAGAAAAUACCGGAUAUUUUUUUGUAUCAAUUUGAGUUUUUUAGUUUUUUUGUGCAUUUUGUUCAGGCAGCCGCAUUUGACGUCAUCGCGUUUUCAGGACCCAGCCCAGCCCAACAGGAAGACUACAGAUUUUUGUUUCUUAUCUUAUUGAUACGAUGAUGCGGAUUUGCUGCAGUCGAGGCUGAAUAAACACCACCAAUAUUCUUACCUAUAGGCGAACGUGUUAUUAAAAUGCCCUUAUUUGAUGGUUUGGGGAGCGGAGGAGAGAAGACUGCGAUCGUUAUUGAUUUAGGAGCAGCGUACACAAAGUGAGUAUUUAGCACAGCAUGCUAACGUGUUUAUAUCUGACAAUUGAAGCUUAAACGGCCGGUGUGGGUUUGGAUAUAUGAGGCAGGUUAAACUUAGAGAAACAUUUCAAAUACUUACAUCUAUUUUCAUAAGAUCAGACAAGUUUCAUCUUAAUUUUCUAUCGUGUUCCCACCGUAUUACCUGCUGCUCCACUGACCUGAAUAGUUUAAUCUGCUAAUCUGAAGCCUGUCACACACUUCAAAUUACUGCACCUUUUACUUUACCUCAAACAACUCAACAGCAAAUAAAUAGAAGUGAUAAAGCAGCAAGAUUUUGACUGGGAGUGAAAUCAAAGGACUUUUGUUGGAGGAGAGGAGAUGCAGGCCGUGGGCAAGUCACAUGAAGAUCAAGAGGACUGCUCCCUCUCUUUAUAAUUUAAUAAUGAUGUCUCUGUCUUUGAGUUUACACAGACCUGCAGUUUUUUUCUCUGUAUUUUCAACCUACUCCAAAGAUUUUUCAGUAUUUUAAAGAGGCUGAUUGUUGCUCAUUAAAAUGUUGUGGCUCAGUGCUGAAGUAGGUUUUCUCUCGAUCAGAAGGAUUUGAUCCCAGGUUCUACUGUCCACAUGCUAAAGUGUCUGCUGCGAAAAAAAAAAGAACGCUACUGCUGCAAAUAAAAAAGAAUGCAAGAAAAAAAACACCACUGCUGCAAAUAAAAAAGAAUGCAAAAAAAGAAGCUACAACGGAAGUUAUAGAUGCAAAAAAGAAAACAAAAACCGAAGCCCGCUGCCAAUAAAAAAAGAAACGGUGCAGAGAAAAAGGAAGAAAUAAGCCGCAACGAAAGUUACAGAUGCAAAAAAAUCUAAAACCGAAGUCCGCUGCAAAUAAAAAAGAAAUGGUGCAGACAAAAAAAAAAGCCACAACGGAAGUUAACAACACAAUAAAAUUGCAAAAGAAAAAAAGUUUCUUGCUGCUAAAAUAAAAGGAUGGAAAAAAAUAGCCACAAUAGGAGUUAAUGUCGCAAAAAAUUGGCGAUGCCAAAAAAAAUAAAAAUUGUACUGCGAAAAUAAAAGGAUGGAAAAAAAUAGCAACAAUAGAAGUUAAUGUCGCAAAAAAAUUGCCAAUGCCAAAAAAAAAAAAAAAGUUUAUUGCUGCAAAAAUAAAAGGAGGGGGGGAAGCCAAAACAGAAAUUAAUGACAAAAAAAAACAGGCGAUGCAUCAGAGUAUGAACUGUGAGUGUGAGCGUGACGUGAUGUAAAAGCAUUUGUUAGCAUCCUGCUGCCUUGCUUUUUUUCUACCUAAGUAUGUCCUUAAGCCUUAAAAAGGUUAAUGUCUGCAUUCAUCUUGUACAUGAUAUCAUUGAACUAUGAUAACAGUAUAUCAUGCAUGCAUUAUCUACUCAGUAGUAAGUCUACAGUUGUCUUUCCUUGCAGAUGUGGCUUUGCAGGGGAAACGGGGCCCAGGUUCAUAAUUCCGAGCGAGAUCCGGAAACCGGGUCAGCAACAGGUGAUACCUCACUGCUUUGCAAAGUGUGAUUGUUUGGGAGGAUUGUGGUUUGUUGACUGAUGUUUAAUGAAUAUGAAUGUGAUGUCCUGCUUUCAGGCCACCAAAGUGGUUCAGUACAACAUCAACACAGAAGAGCUUUAUGUCAUCCUCAAAGAGUUUAUCCAUUUGCUGUACUUCAGGUGAGACUCCUACGCUUUAGUUUCUAUCCUCAAGAAGUGAGACGCAUAAUUUGUCCUAAAUGUAUUCAAGAAAAUUAAGUGGUCUCUUGAACCAACGUUUUGUCUCAGGCACCUGUUAGUGAAUCCUCGAGACAGAAGAGUGGUCAUCAUCGAGUCCAUCCUCUGCCCGUCGCACUUCAGAGAGACGCUCACCAAGGUUUUCUUCAAGCAGUUUGAGGUAAAAACAAAAAAAACCCUCAACUUAGUCUUAACAGUGAGUGUAAGAUACACUUUUAAAUGUUACUUUUAAUGUUGUUUUCCAGGUCCCCUCAGUUCUGUUCGCCCCGAGUCACCUCAUGGCCAUCAUGACUCUAGGAAUCAACUCUGCCCUGGUCAUGGACUGUGGCCACACAGAGACUCUGGUCUUACCUGUAUCCUCUUCAAAGCAUCGUGUAGUCUGAAAUCCAGCUGUGUGGGAAAUAAGGAUUAUUUUGCUGGGACACAGAAAGAGUGGAUUACUGCAGGUUUAAUUUAACCUAGACAGCAGGAAUGGCUGCCUCUUUUUUAUGAAUGCACUCUUGUAUUGUUCUGUGACAUUUCUCAAUAAGUAAACUUUAUUUGUGUAGCACUUUUCACAGACUAAAGAGUCACAAAGUGCUUCACAUAGACAAAAAUAAAAAUGUACAUACAAAUUAAAAGGCCAAGACAACAACAUUAAACAGUCAUAGCAGCCCCAAAACAAUUAAACAAAUGCCUGAGCAAAUAAAUAUGUUUUGAGUCAACAGAAUCAAUUAAGCGCAGAGAGAGAGGACGAUCAUUCUAAAGUCUGGGGGCAACAGCCUGGAAGGAUCGGUCUCCUCUGGUCCGAAAACAAGUGCACGGGACCAUCUUGAAACUCAGAGCCCGAGAGGGGGUGUAAGGCUGGAUCAGAUGACAAAUAUAAGAUGGCCUGACCGUGCAAGACUUUCAAAGUUAGGACCAGAAUUGUAAAAUUGAUCCUAGAGGACACAGGCAGCCAAUGUAGUGCUUUAAGAAUAGGGGAUAUGUGAGUCCUCCUUAUUGGCGCGGGUUAGAAUUCUCGCUGCAGAGUUUUGCAGUAACUGAAGACGAGACAGCUCCUUUUUGUUCAGACAUGAAAACCAACUGUUACAGUAGUCUAAACAUGACGACACAAAGGCAUGAAUGAUGAGCUCCAAGUCAUUUUGCGACACCAUAAGAAGAGUCGUUGUGUUUUGUGUAAACUCUCAGUUUUGAAUUUGCAUCUUUUAACCUUGACUGUGAAAUCAGGUUUAUGAGUGCACUCCUAUACUCCCAGCUUGGGAGGCUUUACCAUUGGGAGGAAAAGCCAUCCAUAAGUAAGUAGCUCUUGCAGAUGUAAUACUGGCUGUUAAAAGAAAAAAUCUAUUAUCCAUUUUGUCCAGGUCUGAGUGUAAAAUUGAAAAUUGAAGAUGUGCCUGUUUCUUCUUCUCGUAGGGAGUUAGAUGGACUCCUAGUGGAGCAGUGUACUGUGGACACAGACACCACCACUGGACAGAGUGUACCAGCUGUCAUCGGUAAUUACGAAAAACACCACACACUUGAAACUUGAACUCUUCGAAUGAACUGCUGAUUUGUUCAACAACCCAGAGAGUAGAAGGCGAACAAGGGCUUUGACCCCGGGUGAAUCAUUUUCUAUUUAUAAGAAGACCUUGUUCCUGCGUGACACUUGAGUGAAUUAUACAUAUACGGUCUAUUUUAGAGUUUUCUCGACACACUUUUUCUCGAACUUGAACUGAAUCAGCAGUAAGAACUCCAGCUGCCGCAGAGUGAGGGAUGCUUACACACACAUGCAUCAAUAAUUGAGACAGACAGCAGGCUGACUCACUGGACUGGACCAGUAAAUGAAGUGCAUUUCUGCAGUAAGCACAGGGAGAUUGAGAUCUCUAUAAUUAACCCUUUAACACUCAGAGUGAUCCAGGGGUCACAAUCAGAGUCUGCAAUCUGACAACUGAUUACACAUUUUCCCGAACACUGGUGUAGCUUCAAUUUUGUCUUUGAAAUGAGAGAAAUUGCUGAUUUAUGCUCAAGCAGACCAAAGAAACAAACCUCAUUGAUAUGUUUGGGUUUACAUUUUAUAGGGACCAUCCCAGAGGAGAUUGUAGAGGAUAUAAAGGGUGAGUUUUGCAUGGCUUUUGUUUCUAUUUACAUUUUUAUUCUUUGUUUUCAUGGGGGGAAUGGAUCAAAUGUCAUUUAGACCAUUUUUUCCUCACUUAUAACCUUAUUUUGGUGCAGUCAAGGAUAUUUAUAAGACUAUUGGUAUAAAAUUCCCUCUUUGUCAGGCGUUUGCUUUUUUCCUCACAUCUUUUUUCUCACUGCAGUGCGAACAUGCUUUGUCAGUGACCUUCAGAGAGGCCUCAAGAUCCAAGAGGCCAAAUUUAACCUGGAUGGUACAGCUGAGGUGAGUUCAAGGUUUUCUUUUAAGGCGGGUGUUUGUGUCAGUUAACUUCAGUCUGUAAACAAACGCCAACACUAACAAAGGCGCCGCUGCAGAAUCAGAUUGAUACUCUACUUCCUCUGAUUGUGUUUGCAGCGUCCAGCUCCUCCCCCAGAUGUCGAUUACCCUCUUGACGGGGAGAAAAUCCUGCACGUUAAAGGAUCCAUCAGGUAGCCUCUCAGACAGCAGCCUUUGUGCAAGUGUCUUAAACAUAGUAAACAGACAAAGAGCUUUGUUUUUACUUCAGUGUCCCCCACAAGAACUAUUUCAGCUUCAAUAAUAAUAAUAAUAAUAAAAAAUAUUAUUAUCAAAUAAAAUAAUAAUAAUAGAUACUAUUAAUAAUAUUUAUUAGUAAUAAUUAAAUUAAAUAUAAUUCAUAAUAAAUAUUAAUAAAAUAAUAAAAAAGUAUAAUAAAUAAUAAUAAAUAGCAUUAAUAAUAGAAAAAUAUUGAAUAAUAAUAAUAAAAAGUAUAAAUAAUAAUAAUAAUAAUAACUUUAUUUAUAUAGCACUUUAAAAACAAAAAAAAAACAAAAGCUCAGUUAAAAACAAAGCCUCCGAAUUGAAGGCUGAUUUCAUUUUUCGUAAACCCAGACAAUACAAGAACCCUACAACAUAAAAUGAGACCAUGAGGACCAAAAUAAAAACGUAAUGUAGGUAAGAAGAAGAAAUGAAAUAGAAAAGGAGGGCAGAAAGCAAGAUAGUAGGUAUAGUAAGUAUAAAAGAGGAUAUUAAUAAUGAUAAUAAAAUCAUAAUAAAAUAAUAAUGAUGGUAAUAUUUAUGAUAAAAUGGAAUCAUAAACUGAGCAGGAAAAAACAAUAAAAUAAAGGACCUAAAAGGUAAAAUAAGAAAAGUAAAACAAAGGCAUUGUCAACCUAAAUGAUCCUGUUUGACUCGUCUCUGAUUAGAUUUUCUCUCCUCUUUUCAGGGACUCUGUGAUGGAGAUCCUGUUUGAACAGGACAAUGAAGAGAAGAGUGUGGCCUCUCUGAUACUUGACGCCCUUGUCAAGGUAAAGAAGAGUUUCUGAUUCUGUAUUCUGUGUGUGUUUACUUAGUGAACUAUUGAGGAUUUAAAAAAAACAGUCUUGACGGGACAGGAACAUUUACUUGGGCCUGUUUAUGAUGUGUGUUUAUUCAAAAUCUUUAUCUGUUUCAGCACAUGCAUGCUGCUGCAUUGUAGUGCGAUGCCUUAUUGUCCUUUUGCACUUCUUUUAGUCCCUCAGUUGAUGCAACAUCAUUUAGAUUUUGCCUCGCAUACGAAUUCUCCCUCUGCUGAAUAACAUGUAAUGCUGCAUUUCCCUGCUGCAAAUCUUCAAUAUCUCCAGCGAGAGGAAUGCAGCAGCCCCGUAUUGUUCUCCACGGUUAAUAGUUUUCAUCUGUGCUGUUGCUAUGGAAACACUCAUUGGCCAUUCAAUGUGGUAGAGUAGUUUUCAUGUGGGUAUGAAGCCUGCCCAGGACGGUUUUUGUACAACUUUGGCUGUAAGAGCAAUACUCUGCUCAGGAUCUAUAGGUGUUGAUAUCUCUUAAGAGCUUUACAUUUUCGACGAGGUGCUGCAGUGGUGUCUGCUUCAGGUACUUUCAUUCACUGCAUCAUCUUCCCUCUCUUUGCACUGUUAACAAAUGUAUUAUCUCCAUCUCAUGACGUCAAAUGAUCACAUGAAGAAAAGAGGCCACAAAUAUUAAUGACCUGAUAAUCUGUUUCCAUGCAGUGCCCCAUUGACGCACGCAAAGUGCUCUCCGAGAACCUGGUGGUGAUUGGAGGCACAGCUAUGUUGCCAGGCUUCAUGCACCGUCUGCUGGCAGAGUUACGCCUCCUGGUGGAGAAACCCAAAUACAGCGAAGUGCUGGCCAGCAAGAGCCUGCGUUUACACUCCCCACCUGCUAAACCCAACUGCACUGCCUGGCUUGGAGGUUCAGAUAUAAAGUUUUACUGAUAUAUUUAUCACUGAACUGAAGGUUGUCACAAUCCCUGUUUUCAUUCAUGUCAUCCUUCACUCAUCAGGUGCCAUCUUUGGGGCGCUGCAGGACAUCCUAGGAAGCAGAUCGGUGUCUCGAGAUUACUACAACCAAACUGGACGCAUCCCGGACUGGUGCUGCCUGAGCACCCCCCCUCCUGAGUCCCUCUAUGAGGCAGGGAAGACCCCUCCUCCUCUGAUGAAGAGAGCUUUCUCCACAGAGAAGUAAAAAACGCUGUAACAUACCUUAACGUGCUCCAAUUCAAACAUUUAAACACACAUCUUCAGCACUAGAUGUUUGUCACGUCUGGUAGUCAUUCCCACAUUUGCACAUAUGGUGGACUGUUGGACGUCUAGCUUCAGUUCUCCUCAGACAGAACAGAUAUUUAGAACCACAGCGGCAGCAUUAAUAUUCAACUGGGACUGAAGAGUUUCAAAUAGUUUAUGUGCUGUAUAAACCGUGUCUACUGUCGUCUUUUUGUCGCAGCAGAAACAUUCGAAAAGUUUGGAGUAAACACAUUAUUAUAGUGUGAUGUAUGAUAAGGCAAAACUGUAAUAACCCAUGGACUUUGUUAAGAAACUAAUUUAUUUAUUGGAUGGCUGUAAUAAAGGCCCUGUAUACUCUCACAGGUGUUUUCAGUUAUUCCACAGCCUGUCAUGCUUCAGCAGGUCAAGGCGUAGUUUUAACUUCUGAUGCUCCCUACCUAACAAGUGUUGUUUGAAACAUCUCCCACAAGAUGUUAUCUCGCUCUCUGUAGCUUUGAAUACAGUUAUGACCACCAAUAAAUAUGAAGAAUUAAAUCAAACAUG